AAAGACAAAGCAAAAUCACGCUGUAGUACAUCCACGAUCACACAUUCGUCCCUUCCCUCCCCCAGCCAGUCCCACUUUUAAGUCUUUUAAACUUCUCUUUAAGGAUUGCAGCGUCUAAAAGUUCUAGCAGGAGAACUUAAGCUGAUUUGAAUUUUAAUAGUAAGGACUAUUUUGAGUCGUAAUAAAGAAAGACUCAAAGGACUUUGAGGCUCGAACUGAAGGAAAAAUAUGGGGCUAAAAGCACUUCCCCUGUCACCCUCUCAGAAUGGGUUCCUGGGUAAUGCAGCGGUUGCGCCAAAAUUCUUCAGAUACCAUUCUAGCAGAAGCUGCAACUUCAUUGCUGUUUCCGCCAAGAAUGAGAGCGCUAGCACCGAAGAAGAAGCGGGCAACACAGAGAAGAAGCAGUCGCUGUUUUCAAGUGUGACAGAAGCUCUGGACUUUUCUCAGGUCCGAUCAGCUAAGGAUGCCGAGCUCUUGGAAGAAGCUAGCGAAUCUACGCGCUCAGGUGGACGCAUGAGUAGGGAACAGUAUGGGGCUCUUAGAAGGAAAAUCGGUGGAACAUACAAAGAUUUCUUCAAAUCCUAUAUUGAAGUGGAUGGACAAUACGUUGACGAAGGAUGGGUUGACAAAACAUGCAAAGUUUGCAAGAAAGAUACCAGGGGUGAACCAAGGCAAGUGGAUAAAUUCGGGAGAUACGUUCAUGUAGAAUGUCUUGAGAAGUCCAAGUCCGGAAAUUUUUUCACAAGGCUCUUCUCCAGCUGACUUCUGGAAGAGGCACAUCACCCUCAAGAUUGCCCCCUCCUCCUGGGCUUAGGUUUUGACUAGGAGGGGAACACCGCGCGAUGCGCGGUGUAAUUUUCAAGUUUGCCCAGAAAUGUUCAAUUAUUUAAACUGAGAUAUUCAAUAUAAAAAGUUACGUGAAGGUGCAUCCAAAUGUUUGUAAUUAUUUUUUGUAAUUUUAUUAAGCAAUGAAGAGAGCCACAAUUUCAGUCUGGUUGCUAAAUGACAGUCAUUUUUGGUAUGC